GAGGUCCCAUGUGCUCUCCUCAGAAAUAAAGCUGCUAUUACAUUCAUGUGUGACAAGCGAUGCAACAAGAAGAGAUCAUGUGGACGACACAAGUGUAAUGAAGUUUGCUGUGUGGACACGGAACAUAAGUGUUCUUUGGUCUGUGGUCGUAAACUCAACUGUGGGCUUCAUAGAUGUGAAGAACCUUGUCAUCGGGGCACUUGUCAAACGUGCUGGCAAACGAGUUUUGAUGAGCUGACUUGUUACUGUGGUGAAUCUGUGAUUUACCCCCCUGUGCCCUGUGGCACUCAGCCACCAGAGUGUAAAAAACCAUGCACCAGGCCACACGACUGUGAUCAUCCAGUGUACCAUUCAUGUCAUAGUGAGGAGAAAUGUCCACCUUGUACUUAUCUCACUCAGAAAUGGUGUAUGGGCAAGCAUGAACUGCGAAGUAAUAUCCCUUGUCAUCUCACGGACAUUUCCUGUGGCCUCCGCUGCAAUCAGAUGUUAAAAUGUGGAAUGCACAAAUGUAAAAGAAUCUGCCACAAAGGAGAAUGUCUUAUAGAUGAAGAGUGUAAACAGCCAUGUGUUAUUCCAAGACUAUACUGUAAUCAUCCUUGUAUGGCUCCAUGUCAUCCUUCUUCACCCUGCCCGACAACAUCAUGCUGUGCAAAGGUUGAUCUUCAAUGUGAAUGUGGAAGAAGGAAGGAGAGUAUGAUUUGCUCAGAAGCAUCUAAUACAUAUCAAAGAAUAGCUGCUAUAUCUAUUGCCACUAAGUUAACAGAUCUACAGCUUGGAGAUUCAGUGGAAAUCAGUAGGCUUAUUACAAAAAAAGAAAUGAAGCAGGCCAGGCUGCAGUGUGAUGAAGAAUGCUUAGCUCUUCAGAGGAACAGGCGUCUUGCCGAGGCUCUUGAAAUAGAUGAUAAUUCUGAUCCCUUUAACAUCCGUUCUUCUGGACCAAAGUACAGUGACCUUUUAAAAGAAGAUGCAAGGAAGGAUUUAAAAUUUGUCAGUGACAUUGAGAAGGAAAUGAGAAUGCUUGUGGAAGCUGUGAAUAAGGGCAAGCACACGAAGAAGAGCCAUUGCUACCCACCGAUGAACAGAGAUCACCGCAGGAUCAUCCACGAGCUGGCUCAGGUGUACGGCAUCGAAAGCGUGAGCUAUGACAACGAGCCGAAGCGCAACGUCGUCAUCACUGCAGUCAAAGGGAAAUCCAUUUGUCCAAGCAAUACCUUAACUUCUGUGUUGGAUAAAGAAAUGCAGAGCAGGCCUCCACCUCCUAUUCCUCAUUACAAACAAGCAGAUAAGAGCAGUGGAAACAGUGGUUUAUCCAAACCAUUAAAAGAAGAGCCGGUGAUUGACUACUUUGAUGUCCAGGACUGA